AUGGGCGCAACUAUGCUGACUAUUGACGAGAAUAUGGGCUAUGGAGCCUUCUAUGCUACGAGUCUAGAAAGCCCCUUUCCCGCGCACGCCGCCGCUGACGCCACACCGCCGCCUUGCGGCCCGCCCCAUGGCGCGUCGCCCCUUGCGCCUCUCGCGCAGCAGAGUGCCGGCGGUGAUUCCAAAUCAUCGCCGUCGCGCCACGUGCAGCGCGUGUUCGUGUCGCUCAUCGUCGUCUUCGCCGCGUCGCUGCUGCUCCUCUCGCAGCUCCCUUUCAUUAUCUCCGUGCUGUCCCCGUUUUUGUCGCCGUUUGAUAUAAGCGUGGAGGAGGCGGAGCAGGUGGAGCAGGCGGGGGCGGCGCAGGUGGGCGGCGUGUGGUCGCAGCUGCGGGAGCACCGCGGCAGCCUCGCGCUGCUCUUCCUCACGCGCGGACCCAUCCCCCUCGCCCCGCUCUGGGAAAAAUUCCUUCGGGGCCACGAGGGGCGCUAUGCCAUAUACGUGCACGCGUCCAACACCUCCUUCUCCUUCCCGCCCGGCUCCUCGCCCCUCUUCCGCGGCCGCCUCGUGCCGGGUGGAGAGGUGCGGUGGGGCGAGAUGUCAAUGGUGGAUGCGGAGAGGCGCCUGCUGGAGGCGGCCGUGCAGGACGAGGCCAACAGCUUCUUUGUGCUGCUCAGUGAGAGCUGCAUACCGUUGUGGCCGUUCGACUAUGUGUACAGCUACAUCGCCUCCUCCUCCGCCAGCUUCGUUGACGCAUACUCGGACCCCUACAGCAUGUCGUUCGGGCGGUACAUCCCGCACAUCUUCAUGCCCGUCAUCCGCCGCCACCAGUUCCUCAAAGGCAACCAGUGGUUCAUCCUGCAGCGGCGGCAUGCGGAGGCGGUGGUGAGGGACACGCUGCACUACACCAAGCACAACCUCAGCUGCGCCGUCAGUCCCCCCCGCCCACCUCUCCCUGCCCCCCUUCGCCUCUGCUCCUCUGCCCUCUGCUCCUCUGCCCUCUGCUCCUCUGCCCUCUGCUCCUCUGCCCUCUGCUCCUCUGCCCUCUGCUCCUCUGCCCUCUGCUCCACUGCCCUCUGCUCCACUGCCCUCUGCUCCACUGCCCUCUGCUCCACUGCCCUCUGCUCCACUGCCCUCUGCUCCACUGCCCUCUGCUCCUCUGCCCUCUGCUCCACUGCCCUCUGCUCCACUGCCCUCUGCUCCACUGCCCUCUGCUCCACUGCCCUCUGCUCCACUGCCCUCUGCUCCACUGCCCUCUGCUCCACUGCCCUCUGCUCCACUGCCCUCUGCUCCACUGCCCUCUGCUCCACUGCCCUCUGCUCCACUGCCCUCUGCUCCACUGCCCUCUGCUCCACUGCCCUCUGCUCCUCUGCCCUCUGCUCCACUGCCCUCUGCUCCACUGCCCUCUGCUCCUCUGCCCUCUGCUCCUCUGCCCUCUGCUCCACUGCCCUCUGCUCCACUGCCCUCUGCUCCACUGCCCUCUGCUCCACUGCCCUCUGCUCCACUGCCCUCUGCUCCUCUGCCCAACAACCUGCUCCGUCGUGCUGCUAUUCUAGAUCUUGCCACCACUUGCCGUGUCGAUUUCAUCUCAUGUCCCCCGAGCCUUUUCGGUUGCAGUGGGGCAAGCUGUGCUGUGCGGAUGAGCACUACAUUCAAACCUUCUUGCAUAUGACGGACCCACGGGGCAUAUCACGCUACCCCACGACGUUCACGGACUGGAGUGCCAACGAUUGGCACCCGUCGCUGUACCUGGGCGCCAACAUGACCGACCAACUCAUCACCACCAUCAAGACGGCAAGGCAGUUUAUCACCUACCGCUCCUUCUGGCAAGACUUCCAGUCCAACUAUUCCCAUAUAAUCGACCCCUCUGCACCGCAGCCUCCUCUGGCGGUGGCCAACGGGCACUGUGUGCUGGCGGGGGAGCCGCGCAACUGCUUCCUCUUUGCGCGCAAGUUCCACCCCUCCACGCUGCCCUUCCUCAUGCGCAAGUCGCAGCAGCUUCUUGGCUUCUAG